GGUGUCCGGAAAUUGCUCAACCGCACAGAAACACGGGUGGUGGGGAAAGGUUCCGUGCUGUGAGCUGUCAGCGCAACACACGUAGCCACAAAGAUAAGGAAGGCUAAUGUUAGUCAGACUUCACGGAGAUAUGAUUGAAGAAGCUUUCUGAAACAUCUUGAGUGAAGUGUCCCCGUCUAAAGACAUGGCAGAUCAAGGCCCCCUCACGGACACAGCAGAUGUCAAGGCUGAAGAAACACAGUCAGCAAAUGAGGAUCGUGCUUCACCACCUGAUGAGCGGAAACGGGGAGAGACGGAAGAUGGAGAUUCAACUGAAGAGAAGCUAGUCCCUCUGUCAGAUGCAUCUUCUUCUCCAGAUGAGUCCAGCACACAAACGUCAGAGGAAACUGUGGCAGACAGGUGUAUCCCACCUCAGGCUGAUGAAGGAAGUCACGGUGAUUACAACAGAGUGACAGAGAGCAGUGAGCUUCAGACCCUGACAGCAGGAGAAUACCACACGGGGGACGAUAAAGCAACAAAAACAACUACUCAACGCACUCUUCACGACUGCAAGGAUGACGAAACAGACGGACCAAACACUGGACAAUAUGAAGAAACCACAGACACCAACAACACAGAUGAUGAAGCUGGAGACGAUGAAGGAAGCUGCCUGGAAAGCCAAGAGAACACAACCUCCCCACAGGAUCAGGACAUGAAAGACGAACAGAAAAAUAAAAUUCGGACCAUUGGUCCUACCACUCUGGAGACUGAACCUGGAAGUUUCAAACGGUCACAUGAUGGAAGCGACCUGAAUAUCCAGGAGAACACAACCUCCACACGGACAGCCUUGCCACAGGAUAACAAAGAGGAAAAUGAACAGAAGAAUAUCAGUCAGAGUCCAGGAGGAAAUAGCACAUUCCUGAUACUGGGUAUAGUGGUGCUCGCCUUUGCCAUCCUGGUGCAUCUGCUCAGCCAGUCUGAGUCUCCACCUCAGAAAGACGAUGUGCGGCAGAUAGACAUCUUCCUCAGGCAGAUGGAAAAGGUAAAGACCCAGUUUCCUACCCAGCGUGCUGAGGUCUGGGAUCGGAGCAAGAUCCACCUGCUGAGACACCUCCAGACAGCCCAGCCCACAGAGCCAGUCAGUCUGAUCCUGACUGCAGGUAUCAGAGCUGAGCGCACGCUGCACUGCCUAGCUAAAGGCCUGGCCUCUGCUUUCUCCUCCGCCCUCAACGCCUCCGUCCUCCACAUCGAUGGAGCCAGCACAGCCAGCCAGGACAGUGACCAGGUCAAACUGGACAUUGACAGCAAGCUACAGGGAGCUUUCGAAGGAGAUAAACCUGUGGCCGUUAUUCACCGCUUUGAAGAGUUGCCUCCAGGGUCCACCCUCAUUUUUUAUCGCUACUGCGACCACGAGAACGCUGCCUAUAAGAAGACGUUUCUGAUCUUCACAGUACUGCUGGGGGAAGAAGAGGAUAUUCCUGCCAAGAGUCGUUUGAGUGCUGUGGAGGAGAUGGUGGACGACCACCUUCAGAAGAAGUUUCUCUCUGAUGGCCAGCCUGUAUCUUUUGACAGAAUGGACCUUGACAAGUAUGGUGGACUGUGGAGUCGUAUUUCUCACCUCAUCCUGCCUGUGGCAGCAGAGAAAAGGAUUGAACACGAAGGAUGUUAGGGGAUGCUUUUGUUUGAACUUUUUAUGUAAGCAGUAAACUCUCCCGCCUAUCAGGGCUGCAACAAUUACUUUUAUGGUCAGUUUAUCUGUCAUUUAUUUUAGUUAAAUCAAUUAGCUGUUUGAUCUUUUUUUAAUUGUCAAAAAAAAAUUGAAAAUUGAAAAAUGUGCAUCAGUGUUUUUCCAAAGCACAAGAUGGUGUCUUCAGAGGUCUUGUUUUUUCCUCAAUCCAAAGAUAUUCAGUGUACUGUCAUAGAGAAGCGAAGAAGCCAGAAAAUAUUCACAUUUAAGAAGCUGGAAUCAGAGAACUUUGAGUGUAUUUCUUAAAAAAAUUUGCAAACCGAUUAACCGAUUAUUGAAAUGUUUGGCGAUGAGUUUAAUAGACGACAACUAACGAUUAAUUGUUGCAGCUCUACUAUCUUUCAGCUUGCUCACUGGGUGACUGGUCACUCAGAGGCCUCUUGGAUGGACACAGACUAUAUUGAGGCUCACUUCCACACAAGGCAUCAAGUAGAAAUGAUACGCUAGAUUUUGGUAUAGGAUUUUUCUAAACAUUUCUUUGGACAUUGAUCAAGAAAAAACAUUUAACAAAAGGCUCUGUUGUAUCACUACUUUUAUCACAUUUAAUGUUAGACAAAUUGCAGGUGGAAAGUGAUUCAACUGGGGGUUUGUGGAUAUGUGCAAUUGUAAUGCAAUUUGUGUAAUUUUUUUUAUUUAAUGUAAGACUCGAUUGUUCUCCUAUGGAUAAUGAUCGCAACAAGAUAAGAGGCAAAACCAUUCUUGUAGUGUCAAAAGCACUGAUUUUUAGGUGAUUGUUUUCAUGACAGACACUUCUCAGAGCGACUGUACAGGCACCACAAGCCUUGUCUGAACCUACCAUGCUCUAAUCCUCUGUACAUAUAUACGUGCGUCACACCUAAAGGAAGACGUGUGAUGAAGAUCGGUGCAUAAUUUGAAUGUGCCUUAAAGUCUAAAUAAAUAAAUAAAUAAAGUCCGUGAAGAUG